AUGCGGGAGGCGAGCUUGCAUCUCCAUCGUACGCCCUCGCUUGCCCUUCUCGUAUCUGUAUUCGCACUUGACUCUGUCGACCGUCCCUUGCUUGGCCAGGUUUCAGAGAGCCACCCCUCCUAUCUCUGGCAAAAGACAUGUGACGUGCGCGGUGGCGACGGUCUCCAGACCGGAACCUCGAACCGCGUCACUGCUCACCGUGCCCGCAGGCUUGAUCAAGUAGAAGAGCUGCUGCUGUGGCCUCCCUCUUGGCCGGCCGUCAAGCAGGAGUACCCAAGGCAGAACAGCACAGUGGUGCCGCAUUUACGCGGCGGGCGGCAGACGGCUUCGAAGCUGCGUGUCGGCCCAGUCGUGCGACGUCCGCUCCUGCUUCCAUCGCUGGGUCGUCCCCUUGCUGGGACCCACGCGCCACUGUCGCAGCAAAAUUAUUGCGUUCUGCACACGGCACUGGCUGCAACGGUAGGCCCCAUCCCCUGGUGUCGACGUGCAGCUCAGCGCUGAGAGAGUGGUCGAAACAAAAGGCUUGUCAAAGAUUGCAGAUGAAUUGGUUUGCUCCUGUGGGCGAAUGAAGAGCAGACGGCUUUUGCGAUAUUACAAGGUAUCGCCUGAUCGUCUACUCCGUUCACACUCCUCU